AUGAGCUUCACUGCGGCUGUGCAAGGAUACUCCUCCAGCGACUACACUGCAGCCCUCGGGUCCCUCGGGUCGGCCACGGUCACGAGCACGCAAGUGGUGUAUCAGUUGAAUCCCACUGGGAACAUGAGCUACACGCUGGUGUCAACUUCAAUCGCUGUGACAGCCAUCGAUGGGAAGGGGACGACCCCACUGAGCUACUCGGCGGUGGAGAGCAAUCUCAAGACCAAGAGCAUCACGUUGAUUGCGUUCCAAGACAGCGUCAAAUACGAAAAGCAAGAGAUGCCCCUGGCCUCUCCUACCGUGUUUGUCUUCCUGAAGGGAUCUGCCUCCGUCUCAUUGGCUGACUUCAAGGCAAAUUUGGGCACCUUCAAGCAGGUGAUCGCCACAGCUGCUGGAGUGAACGUGGACAACCACAAGAGCCGAAGCUGCACACGAAGGCUCUCAUCAGCGUUUGCAUCGCAGAAACAAGACCUCUACAAAGUGCUAGGGGUGAAGAAGACUGCCACGAAACAGGAGAUACAGAAUGCCUUCCGCAAGAUGGCGCUCGAGAAGCAUCCGGAUAUUCGCAGGUCUGCCGAUGAGGAGGAGCAGAAGUUGCACAAGGAAGAGUUCCUGGAGAUCAUGACGGCUGUCUCCAUCCUAUCCAACGCCGACGAGAGACAAAAAGAACAAGGACCGAGGGCGGAGGGAGGGCCCGACGACGGGCAAGCGAAGCCAAGUUGGGUGGAGUUGCAAGAGAGGCUGAGGAGGAACAAGGACAUAGACAGCGUCAUCACCCAGUUCAUGGAUGAAUUCUACGAGAGCAUGUCGCAGGCGUACUGGGGCCCUUCCUUCUACGGUCAGGUGAAGGAGAGGAGGAUUCCUCUCCUUGCAGACACGCAAAAGUCACAGAUGCUGCCUGGCUCUCCCACAGUGUGCGAGGAGGAAGCCCAUGAUGUCGGCCAUGAGCGCUCUCAGCCGCAACAGCGUCAGGAUGAAGAUGAAGUUGAAGAGAUUCUGGAGCUUCACUUCAUGGAAGAACUGAAAGCCUGGUGUGAAAUCCCAAGAGACGUCAAUCAGAACCUCAAGAUCUUCAUAGUGAAUGAGGAGAAGGCAGACUCGUUCAGCGGGGAGCUGGUGGCAAAGAUCCCUUACGCGCCGAUGAGGAUGAGAUCGUCAAUGACAUUGAGGAAUCUGAUGGUGAAGAUUUGGAGUAAAUCCACGACGGGCGAAGGGAAAAAGCAAUGGGAGCAGAACUACACGCUGAUUCGCUUCAAAACUCCAUGGGUGCUUCACUUCUACCUCAUGCAUCGAUCUGGUCUCUGCGUCUUCCGCGGUCAGCAGGCUGCCCAGCUGCCCAAGUGGAUGUGGCUGUUUGAUGCUCGAGUUGAGACGCACGUGGAUGGGUCCUGGUACCUUGAACGAGGACAAGGAAGGCAGAGGAUUAUCAAGGUGCAUCGAAUCUCGGAGGAUGAGAUGAAGGAGUUCGGGCUGCAGACCAUCUUGAUCAUCUUCUUGACCAACAUCCAAGAAAGGCUGCAAAGGGAAGCAAGAUAA